AUGGUCGAAGUGAUCACAACUGAAGACAUGGAAAUAACAACAGUAUUGAAUGAUAAGAUGGAUCAAAAUACAACAAUAAUGACAACCGUAAAGUCACAUAAACGUAAACAAAUGACACCAUCAUCAAGUCAAAGAUCAUCGAAAACGAACAAGAGAAAAAAAUCAUCACAGAUUAAAUUGAUUCGUAUAAAAACAAAUUAUAAAUUACCAAUGUAUUUGAAAGUACAUCCAAAUCUACUCUUUCAAGCUUUACGUCAACAAUUGAAACACACUCUCAAGAAAAAAAGUGAACGACGAUUUCUUCAUCAUCGACUUCAACUAGUAGAUCAACAAUGUCGUGUGGAUCUUCAGAGAAAUUUAUGGCAAUCUUAUUUGACACUAGGAUCUGAACACCAAGUAUGGCCGAAUCAAGUGUACCACAAGGCAAAAACCAAUGAACAUAGUUUAUGUCAAGAAUUCGUUCAGAAACAUUUAAAAGAUAUUCAACUACAAUUCGAUCAAUAUACUCAUGACUUAGUGACACAAUCUGAAAAAUGUCCAACAACACUCUGUCCAUUAGUCACACUGGAUACGCAUAUAAAAGAAUUUAUUCAAUUACAACAACAAUCUUUAUCAAACAAAUUAAAUUAUCAAUUGAUCAGAUAUAAAAAUAUCAUUCAUGAAAAAGAAUUAUUUCAAACUUUAUCAAAUUAUAAUCUUACGGUUGAUCAAGUAAA